CUCCUCUCCUUCACUCCACUAGGAUAUUUUCCUCCUCUAUCUCUCUCCAUACAUCCGAACACAUUCCUGUUUCUUUUCUGACCCCGCUUUUUCUUUCCUAUCUCCUGGAAUGUGGCACUCUUUGGCUUUCACUCUAUGUGGGAUCUCCGCUUUGAUCCAGGUGUCAGUGCAAGGGCCGUACCAGCGGACCCUGUUGAAGAACCUCCUGAAGGAUUAUAACCGCAUGGAGAGGCCUGUAGCCAACGACUCGCAACCCCUCACCGUCUUCCUGUCUAUGAGCUUGAUACAGAUCAUGGAUGUUGAUGAAAAAAAUCAAGUACUGACCACCAAUAUCUGGCUGAACAUGCACUGGUAUGAUCAUUAUCUGCAGUGGAACCAGUCGGAGUAUCCAGGUGUCAAAAACCUUCGCUUCACCACAGACCAAGUGUGGACACCAGAUAUUCUGCUCUACAACAGUGCAGAUGACAAGUUUGACUCCACCUUCAAAUCCAAUGUUGUGGUGAACUCCAGCGGAUACUGCAACUAUCUGCCUCCAGGGAUCUUCAUGAGCACCUGUAACGUGGACGUGCGCUGGUUUCCGUUCGACAUCCAGAAGUGCGAGCUCAAAUUCGGCUCAUGGACGUUUGACGGAUGGCUGCUGGACCUCCAGAUGAAUGAGGCCGAUAUCUCUGGCUACAUGCCCAAUGGAGAAUGGGACCUUGUGGGUGUGCCGGGCACCAGAAAUGAGCUGUUCUACGACUGCUGUAAGGAGCCCUAUCCAGACGUGACGUUCGUGGUGACCAUCCGCAGGCGAACGCUCUACUACGCCUUGAAUCUGCUCAUUCCCUGCGUCCUCCUUUCAUCCAUGACCUUGCUCAUCUUCCUCCUGCCUGCAGACUCCGGGGAGAAGAUCUCACUAGGCAUCACUGUGCUGCUCUCAUUAACAGUCUUCAUGCUAUUGGUGGCAGAGAUCAUGCCAGCAACCUCAGACUCCAUCCCGCUAAUAGGGCAGUAUUUCGCCAGUAUCAUGAUCAUCGUGGGAAUGUCGGUUAUUGCCACAGUGGUUGUGCUUCAAUAUCACCAUCAUGACCCCAACGGAGGGAACAUGCCAAAAUGGGUUCAGCUAGUCUUGCUCCAGUGGGUGGCCUGGUUUUUGCGUAUGAAGCGUCCUGGUGAAAGCGAAGACCCCGAGCGACCUCCUUGUGCCCCCCACUUACGCCGUUGCUCUUCAGGUUCCCAGAGUGGCAGCCUCCCAAACGCACCCGGCUCUGCCUCUGCAGACCUCCACCACCACCACAUCUCCUCUACACUCCAUCCUCUGCACCCCCAGAGCCUCCUUCAAGCUGCUGCUGCCGCCGGCCACACACACCAUCUCCACAACCAGACUAACAGUGCCAACAACAAUGGCAACCUGCUCUACAUCGGAUUCUCCAGUCUGGAUGAAGCUUCGCCGCCAGCCUUGCUUGCCGAUUCUGUGCAGAGGAACAGCAUGUCGGGUGGGCCUCGUCCUACAGUAGUGUCCCCCCCGGUGGUCGGCUCCAGUCCUCCACCUCACCUGCCCUCUCAGUUCUGCAGUCCUCCACCACCCCCUACGCCCAAUCUGGAGGCCACGGGUUGUCCGAGUACAGUGUCCGGUGGUGGAGGAGGCUGCUCCUGCUCUGGAACCAGCGGCGGAGGGGAUCCCCAACUUCAGGCUAUUUUAGAAGAAGUCCGCUAUGUCGCUGACAGGUUUCGUGGACAGGAUGAGAAUGAGAGCGUGACCGAACAGUGGAAGUUUGCUGCAGCUGUUAUUGACCGACUUUGUCUGGUGGCUUUCAGCGUUUUCAACAUCAUCUGCACCAUCUCCAUUCUGAUGUCCGCACCAAACUUUGUGGAGGCAGUUUCCAAGGACUUCAUCUGAGCGGUUUGUCGGAGUACGUACGCAUUUGGGUUUGACUGUAAAUGGGAAUUGUUCAUCUCCCUAAAACAGUGAGCUUUUUUUCCAAGACUGAUUGGAAUAAUGCAGGAUCCUAGGGUCUGGAUUGAGAACCCUUCUGUUUGGCUGGACAUUUAGGAGGCCGCCGAGACAUCUCAAACUGAACUGUGAUGCUGAAUGGAUGCUAAAGACCUUCACCGAUAGGUGUUUGUAAAUGAUGAAGGUGUUGGUUUGCUAUUUGGUAAAAUGUUCAGCUAUGGAAUGAAUGAAAAACUAAACUUAAAAAA